AUGGCUCCAUCUCUCUCCGCUGUUGGCCGCAAGGCGUCGCAAGUGUUCCGCCGUGAGAGCGCACAGUCGUCUCCAGCGUCUCGUCGUUUCCAGAUUGCGCAAGAUUGCAGCGAUGGUGAGACCAGUGAUGACGGUUCCGACGCUAAGUCCAGUCUUCCACCCCCACAACAGCAACGAGAAACCCGACCGACAGUUGCUAGGUCCAUCCUCCGCUAUGUGAGAAGCAAUCUCACGCCUGGCUCUAGCCUUGCAGACCUCGAUCGGAGCAGCUUAGGAGAGAUGUCAGAUAGAUGGCAGGCCCGUCGUGAGGAAAACAACAUUGCGAUGUGGCGAAUCAAUUCCGAGCUCACUCCAACAGAGAAAAAUCCUCUUGCUGUUUCUAUUCGACGAUGUAAAGAGGUAUCCAAACCACAACGUUCCGGCAAUGCUCUCUCUCGUUGCAAUCAGCACACUACUCAACCAAAGACCAACGUAUACCGACACCAGCCUAAGCCAAGUGUUCCGAAAGCAAUAGAGGGUGACUUCUUCAAUAGCGCUGACUCCAGCGAGCAAUCCAGGCCUGAAGGAAGCCGAAAUGUACGAGCAAAUCCAAACUUCACUCGACGGUCCUCACUGCCAUCUAUCCCAUCCAGUACCCAGUCCUAUCGAGAGAGACAGCUUCGUGGAACCCUGGUUCGAAACUCUUCCAUGAACUGGGAAGUCGUCCAGCCUCCGAUUACAGGAGCAGCAAUUCUAGAAGCCGUCCAAAGCGAGAUUCGACCAAACGUUCAACCCACCGUCGAGAGCUUUCGCACAACAGACGGUCGUGCCUGGGCUGACUUCAGCGAGGCCGAGUUCGCUGGCGACAGCCAACGACGUCUCGUGCAGGUCGGUCACAGCGAAUGGCGGCUGGUUUCUCCAAGCAGCCAGAACCUCGCCGAGCAGAUGAUCCCCGACUAUCCUCCAACGCAUCCAAGCCGGAUCGUGCCUGAUGAAGUCAUCCCUCAGAGCCAUAUCUUCGCCGGCAGCAUGGCUCGACGGAAUUUCAACAAGCACCCAGCGAACAAUCCAAUGUGGGCAGAACAGUUUUCGCACCCUGCAGUCCAGAACCUGACCGCGGCGGUCCAACAUGCCUCCACGGAUAUCCACGCUCUCAUCGUCGAGAACUCAACUUUGAAGUACGAGGCAUCUGUGAAUGCACAUAAGAUCCGUGGGCUUGAGCAGGAGUUGAUGAGAAGCACUGAGCUCCUUAAGGAGGUCAAUGUGAACGGCGAGGACUACCGAGCGUUUGUUGCUGAGCAAGCUCUGCGAAAUCUCGAGACCCGGAUGGAGGAGGAAGGACAUCGCGGUUGUUCUCGGGCUGGAACAAUACAACGGGAAACGAGCGAUUUGUAUGGAAGCGGGGUCGGCAUCAACGAACAUGGCUUUGAGAGCGAGUCUUCUUGGAGAUUUGAUGGUGAUGAUGCGGAGGGAGAGGAGAAAGGGGACGCCAACGCCGACGAGUGA